CCGAAACGGGCGUCUGCUUGUAUAUCAAACAGUUAAGACUAAAAUUCUUUGUCAUGUUGUUAUUUAUCUUGAUGUUAUUAAAGACAGCUAUUCAGUCUUAUUACCACAAUUACCCUUGACCAGAUAUUGGACAGGUUUGUUUAAUUUAUAAAAUCUUUGAUAAAACCGAGUUUGUAAAUGGUAAAACAUUUUAUCAUCGUCCAUAUAACUCUUGUAACGAGUACCGCGAUGCGUACGGGAGUAAUAAAACCUUUUGAUAGCAAGUUAUUAUUACGUCUGGCAGGAUUACCGAAAAGGACAUUCCGUUUAAGCUAUGUAAAUAUCGUAAUCGUAACAUAAUGGUGCAUAUAUAAAUAGGAAUAGCUUUAAAAGUACGGCUUUCCUCUACAUUUCUGAGUAACGACUAACGUGAAGCAGUUACUGUAAAAUGCAUAUUAGAAUUUUCGGUAUCUUUUUUAUAGUUAUAUUUUUAUCAGUAGUCACUACUAAUGGAGACAGUGUAAAACCGUCCAAUGAGCUUGAAGAAGAGGUUUCAGUACUGUUAAUGAAAUGGCGCGAAGGACCUGUACAGACAAAUCUUUUUCAACUUCCCUCUAUUAAAACGAUAGAUAUCGAUGGUAUUGACGGUUUUUAUAAUGAUAAUGGAAUUAAAAUAACGUUUAGCAUUGCCAAAAUGCAGCUGACGGGGCUCGAUACAUUCUCUUUAGAGAAAAUUACUGUAACGCAAAGUAAAGAUAGCAUGACAUUGACGGCUCAAAUCAGAGUACCCAUACUGACACUACAUUCCGACAAAUAUUCACUAAAGGGAAGCGCUUAUUAUUUCUAUCCAAUAAAAGGAUCAGGAGGAAUGACAAUUCAACUGAAGGACGUUGUAGCUCUGUCGACAGUGCGCUUUGUCAGUGUUGAUGACUUUAGUUCCAAGAUUGACAAAUUUUCAUUGCAGUAUAACAUUAGCAAAGUUAAGGCUAAUCUGGAGAAAAGCACUUUCUUGAUUAACCAAGUGCUGAAUGCUGAAGGGGCAGCCAUCUUGAAUGGCUUUCACGAUGAUAUUGUCAACGGAACUUGGAAUUAUGCUGUUCCACAAGCUAACGAAUAUCUGUCUAAAGUGAGCCUUAGUGAUUUCAUUAAAACAAUACUUAAUGUCAGCCAGAGUGCAUUUGUCAUUAAGAAUACUAAAUAAAGAUUUAUGAAGGAAAUAA